AUGGCAGAUCAGGAGCAUGAAUUGGAGCGAGUGAGCUCAGAGCUCGAAGACCUGCGUGGAAACAUGGGGCAGGUCAUGGAGAUAUUACAGGUCAUCAGGGCAAAGCUAGACACCCAAACCACGGUUGUUUCUGAAAUCGCAGGUCCAACGAUUGAACCCCAACCUGCGCGGGCGGUACCAACAACCUGGCCCACCUAUGGUUUACCUCCUGGUUUCACUCCUGCAGUUGAAGGUGCCCCUGGUUUCGCACCACCUGCUCAGCAGACAGCUCCUCUACCGACCAUCAAUGAAAACCAUCCAGUGGUUCACACGUUCGCACCUCCUCUCGUCCGGGCGCAUGUGCAACCUUACUUUGAGGACCAGCAACACGCCCCAGACUUUUCAGAUGAAGAUGAGGAAAGGCAGGAGGACCUAAGAGGGAUGAAGGAGAACUACCAGCUGCUUGAGAAGAGAUUGAGGGCUAUGGAAGGUGACCAAGUUUUUGGUGCUACAGCUAAGGAGAUGUGCCUGGUGUCCGGUCUUGUGAUCCCAGCAAAGUUCAGGACCCCAGAUUUCGAUAAGUAUGAGGGCCACUCGUGUCCUAAGAGUCACCUCAUUAUGUACUAUCGAAAAAUGGCUGCGCAUGUAGAGGAUGACAAGCUCAUGAUACAUUGCUUCCAGGAUAGCCUGAGGGGUGCUCCCUCCAAGUGGUACCUAAGCCUGGAUCAGAGUAGGAUUCGGUGUUUCCAGGACUUAUCUGAUGCCUUCAUCCAACACUACAAGUAUAACAUGGAUAUGGCCCCGGAUAGGAGACAACUACUCAUUAAACCUGUGUUCUAUGAAAGAAUGCAUAUUGUGCGAGACCUGGUUGAAAAGAAGAUUCUGUCGUUUCGAGACGUCGGACCCAAUGUCAAGAACAACCCUUUGCCAGCACAUGGUGAUGUCAAUGCCGUUGAAGAUGCUUCUGAUGUGUGUGUAAUCAAGAAUGUGGAAGAUGUUAAAACUCCGCUGCUAGUACUUCAUGCAGGAUUGGUGAGGGCUAGAUUGAUUGAUACCCGUCACGAUAGCUGUGAAGAAUGUGCCAUUCAGCCGAAGGGAUGUAAAGUAGUACAAAAUGACAUUCAGAAUUUGAUGGAUCAAGGUGUUUUACAAAUUUCUGGUCCAGCAAUAAAUGAGGAAGUUUCGGUCAUUGAACCUGUUUUUAACAUACCAGAAUCAUUUGAGGUGACUUACCACAGGAGAGAUGUUGUUCAUCCGUCACCCGUGGUGGUUUGCAUGCCUACACCAUUUCCUUUUGAAAGUACCAAGGCAGUACCCUGGAAGUACGGCAUAACAGUGGUAGAUGGAGUGGUGGAUGGAAAACCUGAGGCCACUGAAAGUAAGAAAGGUGUGGAGAAUGUUGACGCCGACAUCACCAAUAUCGCAGGAACAAGCAGGAUAACCCGUAGUGGGCGGAUUUAUACUCCCAAUGUUAAUGUCAACCCUCAAGAGCCAGCAAGAGGAGCUGCAGAUGUAAAUCCUACCCCAGAACGUGGAGGGGCACAGCCGGCUGUGCAAACAGAUGAAGCAAGUGAGUUCUUAAGGAUAAUAAAGAAAUCUGACUACAAGAUAGUUGAUCAGUUGCAUCAAACGCCAUCAAAGAUAUCUAUCUUGUCCUUGCUUCUGAAUUCCGAAGCUCAUAGGGAGGCUCUACUAAAAGUGCUUGCUCAGGCUCAUGUUACCCAGGAUAUAACGGUUGGCCAAUUCGAUGGAGUGGUCGCCAAUAUCACAGCCUGCAACACUUUAAGUUUCAGCAAUGAAGAGCUGCCCAAAGAGGGGAAGAAUCACAACCGUGCCUUGCAUGUAUCCAUAAAGUGCCAAGAAGAUGCUCUGGCUAGAGUUUUAGUUGACACUGGAUCAUCCCUCAAUGUUCUACCAAAGAGGGCACUUGCUAAACUGUCUUACCAAGGUUCGGAGUUGAAACCUAGUACGCUUGUGGUGAAAGCCUUUGAUGGUUCGCGAAGGACAGUAGUUAGGGAGGUAGAGUUACCGAUACAGAUUGGACCGCAUGUAUUCCCCAUCAAUUUCCAAGUCAUGGACAUAAAUCCAGCUUAUAGCUGCCUUUUGGGACGCCCAUGGAUACAUGCCGCUGGGGCAGUAACUUCUACUCUACAUCAAAAGAUGAAGUUCGUUGUCGAUAACAAGCUUGUCAUUGUCUCGGGUGAAGAGGACUUUAUCAUCAGUCAACUCUCCUCUUUCCGUUAUAUUGAGGCUGAUGAGGAUGCCUUAGAAACCUCUUUUCAAGCCCUUGAAAUAUCCAAUGCUACACUUGAAGAGGUUAAGGAUCCUGUUGAGAAAGCUAGUUUGUCAUUCGCUUCUUUGAAGAGUGCAAAAUCAGCAGUUGAAAGUGGAGGCCCUGCAGGUUGGGGGCAGGUUAUCAACGUCAACGAGAAGAAUGACCGUUUUGGUUUGGGGUACAAGCCUUCUGCUAAUGGAGGAGCCCUGGUCCCUGCAAAGGACCGUGUGCGGAGCAUUCAAGAAGUUUUCCUGAGCAAAGGAUUUAUCCAUGGAGAACAAGUUGGUGCAGUGGAAGAUGACACUGAAGAUGAGGAAGCAUCGAAUCUGAUAUACCGGUGUGAAGCCGCCUUAACAAACUGGGAAGCGGUUGAGAUUCCAGAAGAAGACAAGAAAGAGGUCAAAGUCGGGACUACGCUUGAGGCAAGCAUCAAGGAAAGAUUGAUCAAGUUGCUACAUGAAUAUGUAGAUGUAUUUGCUUGGUCAUAUCAGGAUAUGCCAGGUUUAGAUACUGACAUUGUUGUCCACAAGCUACCACUACAGCCAGAUUGUCCGCCAGUGAAGCAGAAGCUCCGAAGAGCAAGACCCGACAUGGCUCUAAAGAUUUGUGACGAGGUGAAACGUCAAUUUGAUGCCGGUUUUCUAGCAGUUGCAAAGUACCCUCAAUGGGUAGCCAACAUUGUGCCAGUACCCAAAAAGGAUGGCAAGGUCAGGAUGUGUGUUGAUUAUAGGGAUUUAAACAAAGCUAGUCCAAAGGACGAUUUCCCCCUGCCACAUAUUGACACUCUGGUAGACAACACUGCUAAGUUCGCAGUCUUCUCCUUUAUGGACGGAUUCUCGGGUUACAAUCAAAUCAAGAUGGAUCCUGAAGACAUGGAAAAGACCACAUUCAUCACCCCUUGGGGAACAUUUUGCUACAAGGUAAUGCCAUUCGGUCUCAAAAAUGCUGGGGCAACUUACCAAAGAGCAAUGGUCACUCUUUUCCAUGAUAUGAUGCAUAAGGAAAUUGAGGUCUAUGUGGAUGAUAUGAUUGCAAAAUCUCAAAGUGAAGAGGAUCAUAUAGACCACUUGCAGAAGCUGUUUGAGCGUCUUCGGAAAUUUCGACUACGACUGAAUCCUGCUAAAUGCACCUUCGGUGUCCGAUCCGGAAAGUUGCUUGGUUUCAUUGUUAGCCAACGAGGAAUCGAGGUGGACCCUGACAAAGUCCGAGCUAUACAAGAGAUGCCUGCUCCACGCACCGAGCGAGAGGUUAGAGGCUUCCUGGGGCGUUUGAAUUAUAUCUCAAGGUUUAUCUCACAUAUGACGGCCACAUGUGAGCCUAUCUUCAAAUUGCUUCGAAAAGAUCAAGCAGUUGAAUGGAAUUCUGACUGCCAAAUGGCUUUUGAGAGAAUCGGACAAUACCUACAAGAGCCCCCUAUUCUAAUUCCACCUGUUCAAGGGAGACCACUCUUUAUGUACUUAACUGUGCUUGAAAAGUCAAUGGGAUGUGUGUUGGGACAACAUGACGAAACCGGUCGAAAGGAACAUGCUAUCUACUAUCUAAGUAAGAGAUUUACCGAUUGUGAAACCCGAUACUCACUCUUGGAGAAAACUUGUUGUGCUUUAGCAUGGGCCGCUCGUCGUCUAAGACAAUACAUGAUUUGCCACACUACUUUGUUGAUCUCAAAAAUGGAUCCAGUAAAGUACAUCUUUGAAAAGCCUGCUUUGACUGGAAGACUCGCCCGUUGGCAGAUGUUACUAUCUGAGUAUGACAUCCAAUAUGUGUCUCAGAAAGCCAUCAAAGGAAGUGUGUUGUCUGAUUACUUGGCAAACCAGCCCGUUGAAGAUUACCAGUCGUUGAAGUUUGACUUCCCGGAUGAAGACAUCAUGGUAGUGAAAGACUGUGAAAUCCCAGGACCUGAUGAAGGACCUGAACCCGGGUCUCGGUGGAAGCUCAUGUUUGAUGCAAGGUUGUGUUUUGAUUGCACGAACAAUAUAGCAGAAUAUGAGGCGUGCAUCCUAGGCAUUGAAGCAGCAAUUGAUCUCCGAAUCAAAAUCCUUGAAGUAUGUGGAGAUUCAGCCUUGGUGAUAUACCAAGUCAAGGGCGAAUGGGAAACCCGUGAUACCAAGUUGAUCCCAUAUCGUGCCCAUGUCAUGGAAUUGAUAAAAUACUUUGACGAGAUCACUUUCCGUCAUAUCCCGAGAACUGAGAAUCAAAUUGCCGAUGCUUUGGCUAUGUUGGCUUCAAUGUACCAAGUCAGAUUCCAUAAUGAAGCACCUCUCAUUCAAAUCGAGCGGAAAGUUGAGCCUGCCUACUGCCAGUCAGUUGAAGAGGAAGCCGAUGGUAAACCCUGGUUUCACGACAUCAAAUGCUUUUUGCAAAAUCAAGAAUAUCCAACAGAUGCCACAACCCUUGACAAGAAAACAUUGAGGAAAUUAGCAUCCAAAUUCUUCUUGAGCAAUGGUGUGUUGUACAAGAGAAAUCACGACAUGAUUCUGCUCAGAUGCGUGGAUGGACGUGAAGCGGACAUGUUGAUCAAGGAGAUUCAUGAAGGAUCCUUUGGGACUCACGCCAAUGGACAUGCCAUGGCCAAGAAGAUUUUGAGAGCUGUAAAUGUUUUGACGUCACCUUGGCCUUUCUCAAUGUGGGGCAUCGACAUGAUUGGCGCCAUCGAGCCUAAAGCUUCCAAUGGUCACCGCUUCAUCCUGGUUGCCAUUGAUUACUUUACCAAAUGGGUAGAAGCCGCCUCUUAUGCUAAUGUGACAAAACAAGUGGUUGCACGGUUUCUCAAGAAAGAGAUCAUUUGCCGUUAUGGAAUUCCAAGCCGGAUCAUCACAGAUAAUGGGACGAAUCUGAACAAUAAGACCAUGAAGGAAUUAUGCGAGAGCUUCAAGAUUGAGCACCAUAACUCUUCACCAUAUCGUCCAAAGAUGAAUGGCGCUGUUGAAGCCGCUAAUAAAAACAUCAAGAAAAUUUUGGUAUAUGGGAUGGAAGCAGUUCUCCCAGUUGAAGUAGAGAUACCUUCAAUGAGAAUCUUGAUGGAGACCAAGCUAGAAGAGGCUGAGUGGAUUCAAAAUAGAUUUGAUCAGUUGAACCUCAUAGAUGAGAAGCGAUUGACUUCUUUGUGCCAUGGACAAUUAUACCAGAAACGGCUUAAAAGGGCUUUUGACAAGAAAGUACGUGUUCGGGAAUUCAGAGAAGGAGACCUCGUGCUUAAGAAGAUCUUGCCAAUACACAAAGACUCACGUGGGAAGUGGACUCCCAAUUAUGAAGGCCCAUAUGUUGUAAAGAAAGUUUUCUCCGGAGGAGCCUUGAUUCUCACAACUAUGGAUGAUGAAGAACUCUCACACCCCGUGAACUCUGAUGCAGUUAAAAAA